AUGUACACAUGGCGGCGGACCUUCGCCACGUCUGUCGCCAGACUCGGCUCUAGUUCAACACCCCAUUCUCGAAUUGCUUCCCUGCGAUGUGCGCAGGUCCUCCAGGCUAGCAAAGCAGACGGACCCUGCAGCUUAGAAGACAAAGAGAUCAAGGUCAAUGGGUUCAUUCGGUCGGUUCGGAAGCAAAAGCGAUUUGCCUUUGCAGAGAUCUCAGACGGCUCUACUGUCGAGCCAUUGCAGGCGAUCCUGAAGCCUGCGCAGGCAGCUGAUCUGUCCACAGGCACUGCCGUUGAAAUAUCCGGCGUGUGGAAAGCUUGCCCGCCUGGAAAGGAGCAGACUCAUGAGCUUCAGACUACUGACGUGACCGUCGUUGGCGCGGCGGAUCCAGAGACAUAUCCGAUUCAAAAGAAAUACCAUAGCCCCGACUUCUUGCGCCAGAUCCCCCAUCUCCGCAUUCGCACGCCGUUCCAGUCCCUCCUCGCGCGCUUCCGAUCCGAAUGCCUGUUCCAGUUGGGCAACGUCUUCCACUCUCGAUCCGAAGGUCCUUUCACGCAGGUUCAACCUCCGAUCAUCACAUCCUCAGACUGUGAGGGAGCAGGUGAAACAUUCACAUUGCUUCCACGCGGUGCAGCGGCACCGUCGAGUACAGAAACCGAACAUUUCUUCCGAGCACCGAAGUACCUGACCGUGUCAUCACAAUUACAUCUCGAGGCCUACGCGGCUGAGCUCGGCAAUGUCUGGACCUUGACACCCGUGUUCCGGGCGGAGAAGAGUGAUACACCUCGUCAUCUUAGCGAGUUCUACAUGCUCGAGGCCGAGGCAAACUUCAUGUACGAUUUAGACUCGCUCACGAACCUGGUAGAGGAUCUACUUCGUGACCUGACUCGCCGAUUGUACAUUACGCCUGUUGGUCAAGAAAUCUUGUCGGCAAAGCGCACUGGAGAGUCCGGACAAGAAGGCAAUACCGAGGAGUCGAAAGAUUUGUUGGGGAGGUGGACGGCGCUUAUGGAAGGACCUAGAUGGCACCGAAUUACGUAUACUCAGGCCGUUGAGAUGCUUCAACGAGCAGUCGCAGAAAAGGGUGCCUCGUUCGAGCAUCCUCCCACAUGGGAUGGUGGGUUGCAGACCGAGCAUGAAAAGUACAUCGUCGAGGUACUGCACGAGGGAAAUCCGGUCUUUGUCACGGACUAUCCCAAGACCAUCAAACCGUUCUAUAUGGCACCUUCGCAGGGCAGCGAGGGUAGUACGCCAGGUGAGACCGUCGCCUGUUUCGAUCUGCUUCUUCCCGAAGUGAGUGAAGUUGCUGGCGGCUCCUUGCGGGAGCAUCGUUUGCCCAAUAUCAUUCAGAACAUGCGGGAUUACGGCCUCAUGAAGUCCCGCGCGGCUGCUGAUUCCGAUGUACCGGUAUCAGACGAACCGUCCUAUCCAUAUCUGACUGCAGAGGAGGAUCUUGGGCAUCUCCAGUGGUAUGCCGACCUUCGACGCUGGGGUUCUGCCCCUCAUGGAGGAUUUGGACUUGGAUUUGACCGGUUCCUUGGCUACUUGUCAGGAGUUUCCAGCGUUCGGGAUGUUGUCUCAUUCCCGCGCUACUUUGGUCGGGCUGAUUGCUAG